AUGCCACAAAUAAAGGAAAGUUGUACCUGCAAGAAGUACAGCUCACAGGUCCAGCAUCAGCAUCGCAUCUCUUUGGUCACGAACUACCAACUGCCCACAUCACCCAAAAUUGUGGAUAUGAAGCCCUGCAGCACCAGCACUGACCCUGAACCCAAUCCUGCCGAGUGCCCUCGACUCCACCUAGACCAGCCUGCUCAACACGACCUGGAAAUACCUAUCCAGGACUCCACUUGGCCAGGACAUCCUGAGUUCUCCCUUUCCCGCCCGCUUGCAUCCCCUCUCCUGAACAUGCCCCGGGACCUUAUAGUCAUCCAGCCAGAAUCCUUCAGUGCUUCAGUAAGAGACAGGGAGGGCUUGGAAUGUGCCUCUCCCUCAGGGAUGCCAUGGAUGAAUGAUCCAGAUGGCCUGGACCCAGAACUUGAUCUCUCAUUUUCUUCAUUAGAUGGCUGUAGUCCUUCAGCCUCUCCUGGGGCAGAGAGUUUUGCUUCGGGGUCCACCUGGAGCCUCCAAAGUAGCAUGCUGGAGCCGCUUCCAGACUCACCACUGCAACCUCUCCCUCCAUCUCCUCCUUCCAACCACCAAGAACAGAGCCCUCUGAGUCCCGUGAGACCUAAUCGCCCUCCAUGCAAGGCUAGGAGGCACCUCCUCUUCUAG